AUGGUGAACAUAUCAGAAGACAUUAUAUAUGAUGCUCUUUUUAUCAAAAGAGGAAAGGAAUUAUUUAACCGUAGUAAUUAUGAAACAGUAUGUUUAACUAGAGAAAAAGGUAAGCCUCACUUCAGAACAGAAAAGGCGAGAUGCAAUGGAUAUUCAAUAAACCCAAGAUGUGUGUGUGCAUACGACAUGUACACGCAAGAAAUUUUUGAUAUAUGUUAUAAUACUGAUCCACGUAGAUAUGGAAGUUUGGACCACGUUAAAGUAGAUUUUUGCAAAAGGUAUAGCUACACACAUAAUGGACCUUGCCAAAAUGGUGGAGAAUUAAUAAACCCCACAGAACUAGCCAUCGAUGCAAAGUGUAGCUGCAAACCGGGCUUUUCGGGAGAUUUUUGCGACACUGUUAGUAAGCCAAUUGCCUGCACUGAAGUCAAGCAGGGUUCUCUGAAAGAUAUACCGGAUUGCAAGCAACCAUUCAUAGCUGACAGUGACCAUUCCUACUGCUCCCUAACACCUAACCAUAUACAAUAUCUAUGUGAUACAGGAGCAAACGUUACAGGUAUAUUCAUCACCAAAACCCUACGGGGGUAG